AAUCGGAGUAGUCCGCGCGUCUAUCUUCGUCUUCGUCGCACCGACGACGGCGGUAGCGCUUCAUCCUCUCGGUGUCCCCGAGCGCGUCGCGUCCCCUCCACCUAACCUCUUCAUCCGUGGCGGUGCAUCGCCGCCGCUCGAAUCGGAGCAGCAUGCCAGUCAGUCGGUUUUUAUCCAGCGGACGGGACGGUGCGCGGCGGUCUGGUGCGAGUGGCAGCGGGUUCAUACGAUCGGACAGUGCGAACCGUCCCUGGCUGCGUUUUCGUGAAACGGAAAAAUCGUACACGCCGGUCGAAGCGGUCGCGGAGACCAGAGCGAGACGUGCGAAGCGCGUGUGUCGAUGCCCGGCCUGUCUGAAACGAGCGAGUGAAACGUCCUCGUGGCCGACGAAAAUCGAAGCUACCAGCGGAGGUGCAGCGGUCGGCCAUUGCGCUUUCUUCGUGUCGCUGUUACGACCGCGCGGUGCUCCACUAUCGGACGUAUAUCGGGGAUCGGCGCGAAGAAGAAUACGUCGAGCGGUUCGCGGAGAGGCAUAGAAAAAGGUCAUCGUCGAGAGGGAUCAUUGGCAAACUUUCUCGAGUCGUCGGUCGGACCGUGGAUCGAGUUCCUCCUGCAUCCAUCGACGUCUGACGCGCGACGGAUUUCCAAGGUACAACGAGCGAGAUCCGAUAGCGAGUCAGGGAGAAGAACGAGGAGAGAGGGAUCGCAGCUGUAGAUGUUCAGUCCGCGAAUCGGCGACGAUCGGAGACACGAUCCCGCGAAGAGGGAUCUAGCGGAUGCGCAGGCAUCUCCCGCGUUAAAGUGAAAGGCUCUGCGCUACGUGCACGCACGAGUGUCGUGUACGCGAAUCCACGGAACGCGCGUGACAUUUUUACGAUGGCGCGUCGCUAGAAGCUGCGAACGUUGACGACGCCGACUCUCUCGGCUAAUAUUCGACUCUGUCGUUAAAGGAACGACUACGCCCAUCGAUUGGUUUUUCUCUCGCCUAUAUUCGGUCACAUCUUAAAGAGGCAAGGAAAACGAGAAUGCGCAUUCCGAAUGUCCGAUCUUUUGCGACUGACUAACUGGUAACCCUAUGAAACUCUUUCUGGACGAGGGAAGCCCGCAGUGCAGACACGCGCUCUUGUAAACAUUGCGGAACGGACGCGGAAAGCGCUCGCUGGUACGACAGGUGUUCCUCCGGAAGCCGGGGCCGACGAUCUUGGGAUACCGCGGCGCGGAUGCAGGAAAUCGACGCGACGAGCGAAUAGUCUUGUUUCCCGUAACCCGUCCAACGCGUCGCGUGCUCAAUUGAAUACACGUGUACGUACGCUCACCUCGUCGGACAACACGUCGGUCAAAAACCGACGAAGGGGGCCAACGAACUCGUCCUGAGCCGACUCAAUACCCGCGGUGGUUCCCGCGGACUACCUCGAACCUCGAACUCGAGCCUACUCCACCGGAGCCGUCUUUUCCGCCGUCGUCCUUGGUCCUCGACGUAGGGGGACCGAUCGUCCCUGGUGGUGUCUUGGGGCCGCAGAUGGGAGCCGGUCUACCGGUGCCCGACAGGGUGAUCAACCCCGGAAACCUACCGCGCGAACAGUCCGCACUUCCGCUCGGGACUCUUCCCCUUCUUGCUCGUCGCCACAUCGGCCGUCGCUUCUCACCGUCGACUCGGUCGCGUAAACUCGCUCAAGCUGGAAUUGAUGGAGUUGGAGAACAUCGUGGCCAAUACCGUGUACCUCAAAGCGAGAGAAGGCGGUGGUGACAGCAAUAAGGGAAAGAGUAAAAAAUGGCGGAAGAUACUCCAGUUUCCACACAUCUCUCAGUGCAUCGGCCUAAAAGAUAAGCUAGACAUCAAGUACAGCUAUGUGGUGGAUCAACAGCCGAUCGGUAGGCUGUUGUUCAGGCAAUUCUGCCAGGACAAGAAGCCAGCCUAUCACCGGUACAACCUUUUCCUGGACGCGAUCGAAAAAUACGAGAUCGAGAUGGACGAGAAUCGUACCGAACUGGCGAAGGAACUGUUCGAGCAGUACCUAAAGAGAGAAGGCUCGGAGGUGGUCGACAUCCUGAACGAUUCGUUGAUCGCCCAGUGCGAGGAGAGGCUCGGCACCGGUGGCAAGGAGCUGUUCACCGAGAUCGCGCAGACUGUAAAGAACUUUCUCGCCGGCGAGCCUUUCUCGGCUUUCCAACAUAGCUUCUACUUCUAUAGGUAUCUUCAAUGGAAAUGGCUAGAAGCUCAACCGGUUACGUACAAGACCUUUCGGAUGUACAGAGUACUGGGCAAGGGUGGUUUCGGCGAGGUGUGCGCUUGUCAGGUGCGAGCGACUGGGAAGAUGUACGCUUGCAAGAAACUGGAGAAGAAACGUAUAAAGAAGCGCAAGGGCGAGGCCAUGGUCCUCAUCGAAAAGAACAUCCUGCAAAAGAUCAACUCGAAGUUCGUCGUCUCGUUGGCGUACGCGUACGAAACUAAGGACGCGUUGUGUCUAGUCUUGACCAUUAUGAACGGAGGCGAUCUGAAGUUUCACAUCUACAACAUGGGCGGGGAGCCUGGCUUCGACAUCAAUCGCGCCAGGUUUUACGCCGCCGAAGUUGUCUGCGGCCUCGAACAUUUGCACCUGCAGGGGAUAGUCUACAGGGACUGUAAGCCGGAGAAUAUUUUAUUAGACGACCACGGUCACGUGAGGAUAUCCGACCUCGGUCUGGCCGUAGAGAUCACGGAAGGGGACAUGGUGACUGGGAGGGUCGGAACCGUCGGUUACAUGGCGCCGGAAGUGAUCGACAACGAGAAGUACACGUUCUCGCCGGAUUGGUUCAGCUUCGGGUGUCUCCUGUACGAAAUGAUCGAGGGCCAGGCUCCGUUCCGCGCCAGGAAGGAAAAGGUGAAACGGGAAGAGGUCGACAGAAGAGUAAAGGAGGAUCAGGAAAGGUAUUCGUCGAAAUUCACCGAGGAGGCGAAGAGUUUGUGCCAGCAAUUGUUGAAGAAGAGCCCGAAGAACAGGCUGGGAUGUAAAUGCGGCAGACACGGUGCCAAGGAAGUGAAGUUGCACAGCUUUUUUCAGUGCUUGAACUGGAAGAGGGUCGAGGCCGGUAUGUGGGACCCGCCGUUUAUGCCGGAUCCGCACGCGGUGUAUGCUAAGGAUGUGUUGGACAUCGAGCAGUUCUCUACCGUGAAAGGUGUCAAUUUGGACGCUACGGACGACACCUUCUACAGCAAAUUCAAUACCGGCAGCGUGUCUAUCCCGUGGCAGAACGAGAUGAUAGAGACCGAGUGUUUUAAAGAAUUGAACGUGCUGGGUCCUAACAACACGCCUACUCCCGAUUUGCUAGUUAACCAUCCGCCGCAGAACAACGACAACAGAGGCUGUUUCCCAUUCCGACGACAGAAGAAACAGAGCGCCCGCACAAGGCAAAUACCCUUAUCGGAAUGUCAUUUGCUGGAGCUGUCGCAGAAUCAGAACUCGGAGAUGCCAGCCAGCUGAUCCAAGAUGAACGCGAGUAAUGCGAACCAAGCGACGUCGUCGUCCGUGCGACGCCGUCGUUGCGGACGACGCCGACGGGCGCUCAGGUGCUGCCCGAAGCUGCUUUGAAAUAGGCAAUGAAACGGGAGAGGAACGGCUCUGUGACCUUGGCGCCAAUUUUUCCUGCGCGAUUCCCGCGGGAUCCGUCUGAAAGCGACCGCUUUCGACGAACACACCGAUGCGUGUUUUCUCAGGUUUUGCGAAGCAGAGGGCGAUGAAUAUCUCAUCGUCGAUACUCGCGAGGCCGGCGUGCCGGAGCGCUUUCGCAGCAAGAGUAGCGCAAAGAAAAACAUGUACAGAGGAGGUGUUGCUUUUAUUACGAAUAACAGGUAAAUCUUAAGCAUACAAUCUUUUGCGCGCAAAAAAGAUCGCGUAACGCCUAAUAUACGAUUCGUUAUUGCGUGUGCGGUGCUCGGCAUUAAGCGCGAGAAUUAUGAAAAAGCUGUUGCGCGUAUUACGCCAAUACGAAGUUCUCGGCCUCUGUUCUGACCAUUUUCGAAGAGUGCUAUAUUCGAUCGGUGCGCAACCAUGUCUACGUACACCCACCGUUGAUGCACACGGACGCAACCGUACGAUUUCACGCACGUUGGCACGUGUGCGCGACUCUCGCCUAAGAUACGCUUCUCGAGCGGCGCAAUUACGCGUCGAUAAUUAGGGUCGCGCGCAUGUAGUUUUCUACGUGUGUACUUAGCACAGCCGACGGCUGCGUGCAUAUGCGAUAAUGAUACCGAAAGAGAGUUAUUAACGGGAAAAGAAACGGCACGCGUGGAAAUUAUUACCUGGCAAAGAUUCGAGAAAGAGAGAGAAAGAAAGAGAGAGAAGUGUUCUCAUGAAACUGAGACUACUUUCUUUCAUAUUUUAUUGAAUAAUUAAUUACUCGCGCUGCUCAAAGUAAUCACAGAAUUUUAGGUAUUUACCGAUUCUUCCGAUUAUUUUGAACUGUGCGAGGAACUACGGUCUAAUCGAUCGAGCUGGUGUUUUUCUCCGAUGGAUGUAUUCUGCGUCCAGCGACAAUCUUCCAAUUUAGUUUCGAAAUAAUAUUGCAUUGCUCAAAGUAGUCAGCGAAUUUCGUACUCGGAUUACUAUUAGGUUCGCUACCCGCGUUCCGCAUUACGAGAAAUUCCAGUCUUUGUUAUCGUGUGUAUAAGUUACAGAUUAAGUUCAGACCCCCUAAUUAUUUUGAGCAGUGUAAUCGUCAUCGUCUGCCGAAUAAUUAGUUCACAAUGUUUUUUUUUUUUCUCAAAAUGGGAGUCAACCGGUACAGAUGCAUUUAGGGAGCGUUGAAAGUCUGCGUUUUGAUAUGACACUUUUACUUUUUGACGGAUGUUUGUGUGUACAUAUACAUAAUUCUUCCCUUCUUAGUACGAAUAUUUAAAAGAAAAAUAAAAAGAAAUAAGGCGAAACCCGUCCUGAAAUACGCACAAAUGUACACGCGAUUCUUUUUUUUUCUCUUCGCGAAUGAUUCAGUUCGAUUGGUACACAUCCAUACACCCUUUGAUCGAACGUUACGGCCUUUCCGACAAGAAAAAGACGUCGAUGAACCGCGCAAAACGUUGAAGCCUUAUACAAUCCAGACGCACAAGCACGCCCAAAACAUUUAUUUAUAGAGUAAUAUUUGAGAUUUGUUUGCGCUGUCGAAAAUCGAUAAAGGGAUGGCGAUAAGUAUGCAAACGAGAAUACGAGGCUGAUAGCGAACCCGGAAGCAGUAGCCUCUUUUAAUAGUGACGAAUCGUGGCGAUCACGUGGCCCGUUUUAUCCGUCUUUAGCCGGGUAUACGUCAAACGCGCAUUUCGAAUAAUUGAUAAAACUAUCUGCGAGUAUUCGCUCACAUUCGCUACGAUUUAUCGAGUGCCUCUACCAAAUAUAAUCUACUCCACGUUAGUCAUGAACGCUCGUUUCGCAAACACCAUUGCUCGAUUGACGGAUAUCUGGCUUUCGAUACUCAGAAUUUUUCUUAGUUUCUUCAAGGAUUGUAUUAUACGCCGAGGCAGAUCGAUCGUAUAUCAAGGACUGGCGAGCGAUCGAGUUAAACGAAUUUGUAGAUACGCACAGUUUCAUUUUCGAUCAGAACGUUCAUUUUAAUCAACGAUCAGUUUCUCUAUUGCCCGUUCGCUUGGCAGUCCAUUUAUUAGUAAUAUUUAUGUACCAUUGCGUAUUUAAAGUAAACGGACGUGUAUGUCUCUGUAAGCGGUACCGAAUCUAGUAAUUUAACGAAGAGAAGCGUAUUAUUAAUUAAUCGAAUAUAACGGUGCGACCUCCUAGUACACGAUCAUAUCUCUGACGUUCGACUCUGAUCGACCGAUGAUCGGUUUCCCCGAACCUGUUCUUGCGACCGUUCGUCGGCCGAACGUUGAAUCGCGAAUCUUCGAUCCAAUCGCAACAUCGUGUCACUCGUACAAAUCGCGUUAGUAUUUGUAUCGUUUAACCACCGACGAUGCGCUCGAGAACUAAUCUCCACACGAUUCGGAUUUCUACAAGUCGCACAGUUUUCAUUGGUAUGGCCACACCAAUUGCUCGUCUAAUCGAUUCUCGAGCCGUCGCGACGGUCCUAAAUUAGCGUCGUAAUUUUUCAUUAAAUAUAUCGUAAGUUAGCAUAUAACAAACCAAUCACCGAGGGAGAUGAAAGAAAAAGGAUAUCGCGCAAACGGAAGCAUCGCUAGUUCGGCUCUUCGUCAGCAUUUAGCCGCGAAAGUUGGCCGUACAAACCCCGGUGCUUCCGACUACGAAAGGAAUUUCUCAAUGCUUUCAACUGUGAUUUUGUCCGAUGUCCUCCAACUCCGUUUGUUAAUUUAUUGACCACACUCCGCGAGCUGCCGGGUGAAUUUGAAGAGAUCCUGGUGGAUCGACGAGGAAAGACUCGUGCACGUCUUUUGCUCAAAAGAGACGAAGAGGGAAAUAUUCUUGUACAGUAAGCGUUUGCAAUGGUAUCCACCUAGUCUUCGUAUAUUCUCGCGGUCAUUUACGAGAACCAAUCUCUUGGACCGAACGUCUGCAAUUCAAGUCCGCGAAUGUACUCGGGCACUUACUCUUGUAACAUGAUAAAAAUAGUUUGCGAAUGCUAAGCGGACACCACUGUAUCGAAUCCUAGCAGACGGAUAUAAGCGUCGGAGUCUGUAAAUGAUUAUCGCAUAGCGUUUUAUAACGUUGAUUAUUCGCCGGUCUAAUAUUUCGUUCAUUUUUACAUCGUAUAAAUUACGUAGGGAUUCGCCUUUCCUUUUUUAUCGAACAUUUUUGUACGUCGCGUCGCGUUUCGUAUAAUACAGAACCAUUGUUUUUUUUAAAUCGCGAAUAUUAAAUCAUUCCAAUUUUCUUUCGUGCAAGCGUUCACGGAUAAAUAUUUUACCUCCUAUUCGCGUUGACUCAUGUGCAAUGUCAAAGUUGGGCAUACCGAGAGGCAUUCGUUGUUACCAAACUGCAUUGGAAUAUACAAUUGUUUUAUCCGAUAAUUAGCUCUCUAUAUACCGACGACGAAUUUGCUCGAUUCGUUCCGUCUCUUCAUUUUUCUCCAGUCUUUGUAAGAAUAUCCAAAAAAAAUUCAAUCCUCGACUUCUAUUCCUUUGCAAUUGUUUGGUGCAUCAACUGCACGGCGAUUCUCCUCGUGCUGUUCUGGUGCAUGUUUCCUCGCGGAGGAGCCUCGAUGAUCGGGAGAAACCGUGAACAAACCGCGAGCUUCGUGUAAGCACGUGAGAGUUCUCCUUUGUACAUAAUAUAUACGAUAUCAACGAUAUUAUACGAUAGUUGAUAGGUAGUUCUAUACGAUCAGGAAGAGACUAACGUAAGUUAGACGGUAGAUAUGCGUGUUUGUAUAGGUGCAAGGAGGAAACGAAGCGGUACCACAGAUACCCGUCGUCGUCGCGAGGAACUCCUCGCUUAACGACGGGAACUACCCGCGCGAGAUUAUCAAUAUAUUUAUAUCCUAUCUUCCAUACACUCCUUUUUACCCGAUGCCGCGUGCAACUUCGUAAGAUGAAAGACUAAAUACGCUACCACGGUGCGGAGCGUUGACAAAAGCGUGAGACUUCUCUGGAGGGUGAAAUCCAAGAGCUAACGUCAUCGUCGUCGACAGAUUCGAUGAUUUCUUCUUUACGCUACGAAUAAAGAUUGCGAUAUCUUUUAAACGAUAACCAAAUGGAUUUAUAUAAGUGGGUCAUUCUUUUGUUGCAAAUACUAUUUGCGUUCGGAUUCGUUACGUCGUUGAAUCGAGUUUAAGGUGAAGAGAAAUAACUUCCACGUGUCACGAGAACGAUCGACGAGAUUUAAUCCUCCGCGUUUUUAGCCCACGCUCCAACGUCGAUAUCUUAGGUUUUUCUUAUUUUUGUUAACCCGAUCGCGUUACGAACGAACCGCAUGUUGCUCAAAAUCGUUAUUCGUUUCGUCUAAUUAUAUAUACUCGUAUAAAUUAUUCUGCGUGAAAUAAAGACCGUGCUCUUAUCGUCUCGAUGCGAAUUCAUCAUCGAACUAUACGAAUUUUGUUAAACACGAGAAUUGAAUUCAGUGGUUGAUGGCAUUUCCAACGAAUAAAAAUAUUAAAACGGCACUACUUGAAAAUUA